GACGAUGUUGUCGACGACUCGAGUUACGACAGAUGUUGUUGGCGCACAUCGUCGGGUAAUUUUGGCGAACAAUUUCUUUCCCUUCGUUGGGUGUUUGUCCUGGUUUUGACGGCUGAGGACGGCGGGAGAAGCGGUCGGUGAGUCGCGCACGCAUCUCACAGAUCCUACCCCCUCCCAUCUCCAUCGGCGACGACCGCAGCUUCCUCCCCCUCUUCUUCCUCUCUUCUCCUCCUCCGACCUCUCGAGAGAAAUUUCUACAGGGUUCUUUCUUCUUCUUUUUCUCGUAUUCGUCCCGGAUCGAUUCUUCUUGGGUCCCGGUUCGGCGGCCCUCCUACGAGUUUCUGCAUGAAAUUCAGUGGGCUUUAACCACCGGUUAAUAAGAUUCUUGCUGGCUUCCUGAAGCCCUAAGACUGCAUCAAUGACCUGCAAUGGUCAACUACGAACAAAGUAAGGAACUGGAUUUUAUACUUUACAAGGUCUCUUCAUCAUCAUUGAUCCAUGGGCGAGUGGGUUAUCGGAGCAUUUAUCAACAUAAUUGGAAGUAUUGCUAUAAAUUUUGGGACUAAUCUUCUAAAAUUGGGUCAUGAUCAGCGAGAGAGGCACUCUAUGCUUAGCCGUGAUGGAACCAAUAGCAAACUUAAUGUGAAAUCAAUCAUACAUUUCCAGACGUGGAGAAUUGGUCUUCUUUUAUUUGCUUUUGGGAACUGCCUUAACUUCGUUUCCUUUGCAUAUGCUGCACAGUCACUUCUCGCAGCUUUGGGGUCAAUUCAAUUUGUUUCUAAUAUUGCAUUUGCUUACUUUGUGCUAAGUAAGACUGUAUCGGUCAAAGUCAUGGUAGCGACAACAUUUAUUGUUUUUGGCAACAUCUUUCUGGUAUCGUUUGGAAAUCACCAGUCACCUGUGUACACACCAGAGGAACUGAUAGCAAAAUACUCCAGCUUAGUUUUUCUACUCUAUUGCUUCACCUUAUUAUUGGUGGUCAUCAUCAAUCAAUAUAUUUACAGGAGAGGAGAAGCAUAUCUUGCAGUUUCUAAUCAUGACAGUCUCUAUUGGUGCACACUGCUCCCAUUCUCCUAUGCCACUGUUUCUGGUGCUGUGGGAUCCUUCUCAGUGUUGUUUGCAAAAUCCUUGUCCAACAUGCUAAGACUAACCAUGAGUAGCGUAUAUCAGUUCCACAGCUGGUUUACAUAUUGUAUGCUGUUGUUGUUCUUUAGCACAGCAGGAUUUUGGAUGGCAAGAUUGAAUGAAGGACUGUCUCUUUUUGAUGCAAUCCUUAUCGUCCCCAUGUUUCAGAUUGCAUGGACCUUCUUCUCCAUCUGCACAGGAUUUAUAUAUUUCCAAGAAUAUCAAGUAUUCAACAUAUUAAGGAUAACAAUGUUUAUAGUGGGGAUGGCAUUUGUAUUUAUUGGCAUUUCUUUGUUAGCACCUGAUGAAUCUAAAGGAAGUGACACAAAGGAGCCUUCUUUUCCUUCUGCAGCUCAAAGCCUUCCGACUAAUAUGAACAGGCUUGCCAAGCUGCCAACGGAAGAACCUGAAAUAAAUGAUGUGGGUUCAUUUGCACAAGCAGCGCUUAGCAAGGCAAAGAUUAUCCUGUUGAAGGCAAAGGCUGCUGGUUCUCUCUCGCUGGGUCUUGGCGAGGAGUCAAUAAGUGCAUCUUCAGUACUCGUAAUGCCUAUGGUUUCUUCAAGGACAACAGGUUUCAGAGAAACAACUUUCGAUCGAACAAAAUUCAUUCCUCUGAGAAACAGUAGAUGGAGCAGCCCUUCAAUAGAUGAUAACAGCGAUGAUGAUGUGGAAAUUCAGGCAAGCAGAUCAUUGCUGUCUUAAUUUUGUCGGUACGGUCGGAAGGAUGAUUAUUCUUUUCAUUAUUUCCAUAUGGCACAAAUGUAUAGAUAUAUUAAUCUUCUCCCGUCAAAUGUCAAAUAUGUAACGUUUUGAGUUCCGUGCUUCAUGAGUUGUCUUGGUAUUUGGCAUCCAAGUAUGUUGAUUUUGUGGGAGUUAAAGACUCUUCUGAGUUGCACACCUAUCAUGUGAUCAGUAGAUUAAACUUCACUGUGGCACCAUCGACACCAUCCAUU